AAACUUUGCUGGGACCAGAAUGCUACAGUGUAUGUCAAUAUUUCAACCAGGAUUUCAUUAGAUGUCUUCAGUUAAUGAUCACUUGUAGAUAUUCUGUUCUGUGAUUUAAAAUGGGACUGAGACUUCUCCUGCUGCUGGUUUUCUCUGCUCAGAGGUGCAUUGGACAGACCAUUGGACAGAACUGUUCAGAUGCAUAUAACAGGCUUCCAGAUAAUAGUGAUAUUGCUACCGUGUGUGGAACCCAAGAGAUUCAAUUGUCAAUAAAGGCUUGUCCUGUUUGGUAUGCCCAAUUUGAACCACAAUCCCUGGCUCUCAGUGGUAAAGGGAACAUCUCUAAAUGCUUGGGAACUCUGGAUACCUCGACAGAAACUCCAGUUGUAAGAUUUACUCUUCCUAUAAAUGACACCAGUGGAAAUGAAUGUGGCAACACAAUUGCAAUUAUAGAACAACCAGGUAGUGACAAUUUUGGCGCUUAUUCGCUCGUGCAGACAGUGGUUAUAUCUGGAUUUGUGGACUCUAUAUCAGACACGGCUUCCGGAGUUGUCACAUACACCACAAAUAUCCACUAUAACUUUUCCUGCUACUACCCUCUCCUGUAUUUGGUAAAUAACACCCAACUUUUGACAUCCUUUGGAGCUGUAGCAGUGAACAGUAACAACGGCAGUUUUAUCAGUACCCUGAGCAUGAAGUUUUUCCUAGAUGAAGGAUUGAUGAGCCCCAUGCAGCUGAAUGGGACAGUUUACAAAUUAAAUCAGAAAAUCUUUGUUGAAGUCUUCCUCAAUAACACAUCAACAAGCUUCAAUGUGCUUCUGGAUCAGUGUUUUGCUACACCAUCACCUCUGUUAACAUCCACUUUACCAGAUGAGAGACACAACUUCUUCACAGGCUGUAAUGUGACAAGCAGGACAAAUGUUACUGCCAAUGGUUUAGGAAAAUCGGCCAAGUUCAACUUUGACUCUUUCCGCUUCCUGCAGCACCAAGGACAGAAAUCAUCAUCCAUAUAUGUGCACUGUAUUACAAUCCUGUGCAAGCCAGAAACAUGUCAGAAAUAUCUUUCUUCAUGCACAAAGACACGAAGAAAACGAGAUGCUACUUUAAGUGAUAGUGCAACUCAACCAGUGACUGUGUCUUCAGGACCCUUCGAAAUAGGAGGCAGCACAGAGGAUAACCUUCUAGAAGUAAUUCCAGAAUUAAAUCAGUUCUCAGACUCCAUGACUGGCAUCAUCAUUGGAAUUGUCAUCGCUGUUGUCAUUGCAGCAUGUCUUGUCUGCUGCAGCAGAAUGCUGUGCAAAAUGUACCACCUCAAAGCUCCUCAGGCCAAGUGAUCCACAUUUCAUGCAUGUUACUAUUUGUAUAAUACUAAGAAUUUAACUGGCUUGGGUGCCUUUAUCAUUUUAAGUGACUUCAGGGCAAAUUCUUUUUUUUUUUUUUAUGACAGUGUGUCCUACUUUUGCAAUAUACUUGAUAAAUGUGGUUGCCAAAUAGUUUUUCUGUUUUUUCAGUGUGAUCAAACGCUACAUGCCUUUAUAACAGUUUCACCUUGUUAGCAGAUCUACUGGACUAUGCCUAAAGCUUUAUUUCCUAUUCUUUACAGAAGAUAAUAUAACAGUUUUAUAUUACGAAUCACUAAAUAGGCAAUAAGCAGUCGUCUGUUUAUUGUUAUAUGAAAAGGGUAGCCAAAAUGACAUUCUUUAUUAUCCAGUAAAUAGGCACACCUUAGCGUGUCUAAUAUUCCUCUGAGAACUGCAAGGAUCUAAGUCCCAAAGAGCACUAGAAUAAAGUUGUAUUUUGGAUGACAGGUCUUUAUUAGCAAGAGGACUUCUAUGAUGCUCUUUGGGAGAAAAAAAACAUUAUGCAAUUAACAUUUCUAAACCCAAAUCAAAUAAGUAAGACUGUGUCCAUCAUAUUUGUUAGUUCUUUCUUCUUCUUGAUAGAACAAUUUCUGUAAAUGAAUGCAUGAUGCCUGUAUUAUUGAAAAUCAACUUCUCUGUAACAAACAUCAUUAAUUAUGAAUCAACUGAUCAAAAUAAUUGUUGAAAAAAUAAAAUAUUUUUGCCAAGUAA